GGCCGCGAGGCUGCGCAUGCGCGGUCUGCGAAUCUCAGGCGCCUGCCUCGUCCCGGGCAGAGGCUGCGGCUGCAGCAGCGCGAGCGGCGCCCUAGUCCUGGCGCGCGCUCGCGGGUAUCAGUUCCCCCCGCGCCCGCCCGGACUUUUUCUCUUCUCCCCGCUAGGCUCGGGGCGACGCCCGCGUGGAUGGGAUGGAAGCAGGACCCUCGGGAGCAGCAACUGCUGCUGGCACUUACCUGCCACCCCUGCAGCAGGUAUUUCAAGCUCCUCGCCGGCCCGGGAUAGGAACUGUCGGGAAGCCCAUCAAGCUUUUAGCAAACUACUUUGAAGUAGACAUUCCCAAGAUCGAUGUCUAUCACUAUGAAGUCGACAUCAAGCCAGACAAGUGCCCACGCAGAGUCAACAGGGAGGUUGUGGAAUACAUGGUACAACACUUCAAACCUCAAAUCUUUGGAGACAGGAAGCCGGUAUAUGAUGGAAAAAAGAAUAUUUAUACUGUCACUGCCCUGCCCAUUGGCAAUGAAAGGGUUGACUUUGAGGUGACAAUUCCUGGGGAAGGCAAAGACAGGAUAUUUAAGGUCUCUAUCAAGUGGAUGGCCAUUGUGAGCUGGAGGAUGCUUCACGAGGCCCUGGUGAGUGGGCAGAUCCCUGUUCCUCUGGAAUCUGUCCAGGCGCUUGAUGUUGCCAUGAGGCACCUGGCCUCCAUGAGGUACACGCCAGUGGGCCGUUCUUUCUUUUCUCCCCCUGAAGGAUACUAUCACCCACUGGGAGGUGGCCGGGAGGUCUGGUUUGGCUUCCACCAGUCUGUCAGGCCUGCUAUGUGGAAGAUGAUGCUGAAUAUUGAUGUAUCAGCAACGGCAUUCUACAAGGCCCAGCCAGUGAUUGAGUUCAUGUGUGAGGUGCUGGACAUCCGGAACAUUGAUGAGCAACCGAAGCCCCUGACUGAUUCGCAGAGAGUUCGCUUCACCAAGGAGAUCAAAGGUUUCAGACCCAGACAUGGGACAGAAACAGCUUUGGUUGCCCUGGUGGACGAUAUGAGAAGGGCGCUGGACAGAGGUGAAUAUACUCUCCUGGUUCUCCUUGAUCUCUCAGCGGCCUUUGACACCGUUGACCACGGCACCCUCCUUGAUGUGCUUUCGCCGGGCCUUGAAGACCUGGUUCUUCAACCAGGCUGUCGAGGUUUGAAAGUGGAGGUAACUCACUGUGGGCAGAUGAAGAGGAAAUACCGUGUGUGCAAUGUUACCCGACGGCCGGCUAGCCACCAAACGUUCCCCUUGCAGCUGGAGAGCGGUCAGACAGUGGAGUGCACGGUAGCACAAUACUUCAAGCAGAAAUACAACCUCCAGCUGAAGUACCCUCACUUGCCGUGUCUUCAAGUCGGCCAAGAGCAGAAGCACACAUACCUGCCUCUGGAGGUGUGUAACAUUGUGGCUGGCCAGCGGUGCAUCAAAAAACUAACGGACAAUCAGACCUCUACCAUGAUCAAAGCAACAGCGAGGUCUGCUCCAGAUAGGCAAGAGGAGAUUAGCCGGCUGAUGAAGAAUGCCAGUUACAACUUGGACCCGUACAUUCAGGAGUUUGGUAUAAAGGUGAAGGAUGACAUGACUGAAGUGACCGGGCGUGUCCUGCCAGCCCCAAUUUUGCAGUAUGGAGGACGGAACCGUGCCAUUGCCACACCCAACCAGGGGGUGUGGGACAUGAGGGGGAAGCAGUUCUACAAUGGAAUUGAGAUCAAAGUCUGGGCCAUCGCUUGUUUUGCCCCUCAGAAGCAAUGCAGGGAAGAAGUUCUGAAGAACUUCACAGACCAGCUGCGCAAAAUCUCCAAGGAUGCGGGGAUGCCAAUCCAGGGCCAGCCCUGUUUCUGUAAAUAUGCACAAGGUGCGGACAGCGUGGAGCCCAUGUUCCGUCACCUUAAGAACACCUACUCAGGGCUCCAGCUCAUCAUAGUCAUCCUGCCAGGGAAGACACCAGUUUAUGCGGAGGUCAAGCGGGUGGGGGACACACUCCUGGGGAUGGCCACUCAAUGCGUGCAGGUCAAGAACGUGGUGAAGACGUCGCCGCAGACGCUUUCCAACCUUUGCCUCAAGAUCAACGUCAAGCUCGGAGGGAUCAACAACAUCCUGGUACCCCACCAGCGCUCUGCUGUCUUUCAGCAGCCAGUUAUAUUCCUUGGAGCUGAUGUGACUCAUCCGCCGGCAGGUGAUGGCAAGAAGCCCUCCAUAACAGCUGUGGUAGGCAGCAUGGAUGCCCACCCGAGCCGCUACUGUGCCACCGUGCGGGUUCAACGGCCUCGGCAGGAGAUCAUCGAGGACCUGUCGUACAUGGUGAGAGAGCUCCUCAUCCAGUUUUACAAGUCUACACGUUUCAAACCCACCCGCAUCAUCUUCUACCGUGAUGGAGUGCCAGAGGGACAGCUCCCACAGAUCCUUCAUUAUGAGCUGCUGGCCAUCCGUGAUGCCUGCAUCAAACUGGAGAAGGACUACCAGCCGGGCAUUACUUACAUUGUCGUGCAGAAACGACAUCACACUCGCCUCUUCUGCGCAGAUAAGAACGAGAGGAUUGGCAAAAGUGGGAACAUCCCAGCAGGAACAACAGUGGAUACAAACAUUACUCAUCCCUUUGAGUUUGACUUCUACCUGUGCAGUCAUGCUGGCAUUCAGGGUACAAGCAGACCUUCCCAUUACUACGUUCUUUGGGACGACAACCGGUUUACAGCAGAUGAGCUUCAAAUCCUCACCUACCAGCUUUGCCACACUUAUGUCCGCUGCACCCGUUCAGUCUCUAUCCCAGCACCAGCAUACUAUGCCCGCUUGGUGGCAUUUCGGGCGCGGUAUCAUCUUGUAGACAAAGAGCAUGACAGCGGAGAAGGCAGUCACAUAUCUGGCCAGAGCAAUGGCCGAGACCCUCAGGCCCUUGCCAAGGCCGUACAAGUUCAUCAGGACACUUUACGUACCAUGUACUUUGCUUGAAAGCCUAACUUUUUUUACCUCACUCCAGAAAGCUUUCAGAUUUGUAGGAGCCAUAAAAAAGGAAGCAUUGGGAGUACCUUGCGGGGCAUCCAAUGAGAAAUCACUGCAGGGCGCAAACGGCGUUGGAGGCAGGAAGCCAGCAUCCUCUGGGACAAAAUGCAAGAGAGCCGCUUAACUGGAUGGACACACCUUUGUAGUAUUGCAAGAGACUGUCUUUGUUUUUCAGGCUUUCUAGUUACCUGACCAAACACACACAAAACAAGUAUUUAAUCCAAGGAAGGGGUCCAACUUCCGAUCAAAAGAAAACAGAAUUUCAUUACCGGGGCGGGGGACGCAAUAUUAGACUUGUGACUGUGAAAUAACUUUUUUUGGUUCUCCAAUGCCAAAUCAAACGCUGGUAAGGUUUAGUUUGUUAUUGUUUUG